AUGCCUAAAAGAGUUGGCAAUGGCAAGUUGGCUUUGCAUGUCCUUGCUUUGUCCUUUGCUGUGAAGGAGAUCAAUGAGGACUCCCAGAUCUUACCUAAUGUCACUCUCGGGUUCCACAUCUAUGACAGUUACUACAACCCAAGGAUGACCUAUCGCACCACUCUGGACCUGCUUUUCAAAUCUAAGGGAUUUUUUCCUAACUACAAAUGUGAUAACCAGAAGAAUCUCAUGGCCAUCAUUGGAGGGUUAGAUGCCUCUACUUCUUCCUAUAUGGCAGAAAGUAUAAAUCUCUUCAAGAUUCCACAGUUGACCUAUGGUUCUGUUGCUCAAGAAGAGUUCCAGGCUACUAAGUUAUCUUCACUUUAUUGCAUGAUGCCAAAAGAGGACCAUCAAUACAUUGGAAUUAUCAAACUUCUUCUCCAUUUUGGAUGGACGUGGAUUGGAGUCUUUACUUUUGAUAAGAAUAAGGCAGAACAUUUUUUGCAGAAAAUGCAUCCAUUGCUUUCCCAAAAUGGGAUCUGUUUAGCCUUCACACAAAAGAUUCCACAACAAGCCCCAUUUGAAGAACCUUCAGAAUUUCUAGAUCUAAUCUCAAUUAUUUCUAAUAAACUGAUAGAUCAGAAGGCCAAUGUUUUUCUUGUUUAUGGUGAAUCAUUCACGAUUGUAUGGCUCAGAACUGUUGUGUUUCUACGUGAUUAUGAAAAUAAAGAGAGUGCAUUAUUUAGGAAGGUUUGGAUCCUGAUGUAUCCAAUUGAUUUCACACUAAUAGGACAUCAAAGGGCUUGGGAUGUCCAGUUGUUCCAUGGAUCUCUUUCCUUUACAGUGCAUUCAAGAGAAGUUCAAGGCUUCAAAGAAAUUCUUCAAGUCAUCAAACCUUCAGUGCAGAAGGAUGGAUUUCUUAAAGAGGUUUGGGAGCAAUUGUUUGACUGUUCACUUUCAAAUGAACAAUUACCCUCAAUGUCCAAUGAAACCUGCAGUGGAGGAGAGAAUUUGGAGAAUCUGCCUGCUCCUCUGUUUGAGAUGCAGAUGACUGGACAAAGCUACAGUAUCUACAAUGCUGUUUAUGUGGUGGCACAUUCUUUGCAUGAGGCAAUGAGAUCAAGAGCCCCACAAGAAACUCAAUGGUUUGAAUUUCAAACUCUGCAGCCUUGGCAGCUCCAUCCAUUUCUUCAAGGCAUUUCUUUUAACAAUUCAGUUGGGGAGAGAGUCUUCUUGAAUGAGAAAGGGGCAGCAACAGGAGGAUUCGACAUCACCAACUUGAUCACUUUUCCAAACAGAUCCUUUCAGAGAGUUAGAGUUGGCAAAAUAGAUCCCAAUGCUCCAAAAGGGAAAGAAUUAUUCAUUGAUGAAGAUUGGAUUGUCUGGCACCCUGCUUUUAAUCAGGUAGUUCCAAUUUCUCUGUGUAAUAAUCAUUGUUCCCCCGGAUAUUGGAAGAAAGGAAUGGAAGGAAAACAAUUCUGUUGUUACAACUGUGUUCCAUGUCCAGAAGGGAAGAUUUCAGAUCAAAAUGAUAUGGAUAACUGUUUUGAAUGUUCAGAAGAUCAUUAUCCAAAUAAAGAAAUGAAAGGAUGUCUCUUAAAAAUGAUGGUCUUUCUAACUUUUGAAGAAAGCUUAGGAACUGGUUUAGCCUCAGCUGCUCUUUAUUUCUUCUUCUUGACAUCUUGGGCACUUGGAAUAUUUAUUAAGCACCGGGAUACUCCCAUUGUCAAAGCCAACAACCGGUCCCUUACCUACACCCUCCUUAUCUCUCUUCUGAUCUGUUUUCUCUCCUCGUUGUUGUUCCUCAGCCAGCCUGGCAAAGUGACCUGCCUUCUUCGACAACCAACUUUUGGCAUCACCUUCUCAGUGGCCAUUUCUAGUGUACUGGCCAAAACCAUCACUGUGAUUGUGGCUUUUAUGGCCACUAAACCAGGAUCUCAGAUAAGAAAAUGGGUUGGAAAAAGAUUAGCUUUUUCUACUGUCUUUUCCUGCUCCAUCAUCCAAGUAUGUAUUUGUAUUAUUUGGCUGUCAACAUCUCCCCCAUUCCCUGAGAUGGACCUGUACUCAGAGUCACAAGAAAUCAUUUUACAAUGCAACGAGGGGUCAGCUACAUUCUUCUAUUGUGUCUUGGGCUACAUGGGUAUCUUGGCUAUUUCCAGCUUUAUUGUGGCUUUUCUUGCCCGCAAAUUACCUGACAGCUUUAACGAAGCCAAGUUCAUCACCUUCAGCAUGUUGGCCUUUUGCAGUGUGUGGGUCUCCUUCUUUCCAGCCUACCUGAGCACAAAAGGCAAAGUCAUGGUAGCUGUGGAGGUCUUCUCCAUUUUGGCCUCCAGCUCUGCAUUACUGGGAUGCAUAUUUUUGCCAAAAUGCUACAUCAUUGUUUUUAGGCCUGAGCUAAACCAGAGAGAGCAACUAAUAAAGAGUACUUAG